AUGCCACUUGCCAAUGGCACCUUCUUCAAACCAUCUAUCUUCACGCUAAUUGGAAUUCCAGGCCUUGAAUCCGUGCAACACUGGAUCGGGAUCCCAUUCUUCAUUUCUUUUAUCCUGGCCAUUAUAGGAAAUGGCCUCCUCCUCACCAUCAUCCGCACCGAGCGCAGUCUCCAUGAGCCCAUGUAUAUCUUUUUGGCUGUGUUGGCAGCUACUGACCUUGGCCUGACCUUAUGUAUUACCCCUAAAAUGCUGGCGAUCUUUUGGCUGCAGUCAAGGGAGAUUCACUUUGAAUCCUGCCUAAUCCAAAUGUACUUUACUCACACUUUCCAGUGCAUGGAGUCUGGCACCCUCCUGGCCAUGGCCUUUGACCGGUACGUGGCUAUCUGUGACCCCCUGCAGCAUUCUGCUGUCCUCACUAAGAGGGUGCUCGUCGUCAUUAUUAUGGUGGUGACCAUCCGAGCCUCUGUGAUCAUCAUCAUGUGUCCACUUCUAAUUAAGUUGCGCCUGAAGUAUUUCCGGACCACACUCAUCUCUCAUUCCUACUGUGAGCAUAUGGCUGUGGUCAAGCUGGCUGCCGAGAAUGUCAAAGCCAACAAAGCAUAUGGACUCUUUGUGGCUUUCUCUGUACUUGGAUUUGAUGUGAUCUUCAUUUUCUUGUCCUACGCCUUUAUCUUCCGGGCUGUCUUUAAAUUGCCACAGAAGGAGGCACGACUCAAGGCAUUCAAUACGUGCACAGCCCACAUCUUUGUCUUUCUCCAGUUUUACAUUCUCACAUUUUUUACAUCUUUUAUACACAGGUUUGGCUUGAGUGUCGCUCCUUAUGUACACAUUCUGCUGUCUAAUCUUUAUCUCCUUGUUCCACCCCUGCUUAACCCUAUUGUCUAUGGAGUGAAGACCAAACAGAUCCGAGAGGGAGUUAUCAAAAUGUUCACUCCCAAGAAUUAA